CAGAGGUAAAUGGGAGGAAGAGAGAUAGAGAGUGCUCAUCAUGAGACGAGCUGAAAGCGCAGGCUGAGGAUUAUCUUUUGUCCAAAAAGCAGCAUGGGAUCUGACAGAGGAGACUGAAAAGAUGAGAGCAGGAUGGUGUUUGCUGUGUGAUGAUGACCCUGACUCUCCUAACCGUUCUCCCCUUUACAGGAGGACUCGAUUUCUCUCUCAGCCUCCAUUAGAAGCAUCGACAAACAGCAGGAGUGGUCCAACAGCACCUCUCCUGAGCACACAAGUGUCCCACCUGCAGACGUAAACAGUAAUGAACCUCACUCUGCUCGAGCGGCUUUAAGGAGGAAGGGGAAAGAGGAGCAUCUGAAAGCAAAACAGAGAAGCUUUCAAAACAGUGACGAGGAAAUCUCCUUAAUUACAGUAUAGAGCUGAAUCCCGUCCUCCCUGGCUGAGGAUGGGUACAGCAGAAGCCACUUUACGCAUGGAUAGCAUGGAGGUUAAAGACGAGUGGCAGGACGAGGAUUUCCCCAGGCCACUACCAGAAGAUGGAGAUGUUGAUUCUUCAUGUGGCCUCACUGACACCAGAACCAAUCCCCCCAGCUCUCUGAAUGUGGGAGAGUCCAUGGCCCAGCGUAAACGCCGCACCCUGGUCGCCCCCGACAUGAACCUGUCCCUGGAUCAGAGCGAGGGGUCGGUGCUGUCUGAUGACUUCCUGGAAACGCCCGACGACCUGGACAUCAACGUGGAUGACAUCGAGACUCCGGAUGAGACCGACUCGCUGGAGUUCAUCAACAAUGGCAACGAGCUGGAAUGGGAAGAUGACACUCCUGUGGCCUCCGCUAAACGUCUUCCAGGUGAAAGUGAGGAAGAGAGAGACUCAUCCGGUCGUCUCUGGCGAACAGUGAUCAUCGGUGACCAGGAGCAACGGAUUGACAUGCAGGUCAUCAGGCAGUACCUGAGGGUGGUCACACAUGGAGGUUAUUAUGGUGAAGGUCUAAAUGCCAUCAUCGUGUUUGCAGCCUGCCACCUUCCUGACAGCAGCUGUGAGGACUACACAUACAUCAUGGAGAAUCUCUUCCUGUACGUUGUGAGCAGCCUGGAGCUGCUGGUGGCUGAAGAUUACAUGAUUGUUUACCUGAAUGGAGCUACUCCUCGCAGGAAGAUGCCCGGCAUCAGCUGGCUGAAGAGAUGCUACCAGAUGAUUGACAGGAAACUGAGGAAGAAUCUAAAGUGUCUCAUCAUUGCUCACCCAACAUGGUUCAUCCGGACGGUCCUGGCCAUCUCAAGACCUUUCAUCAGUGUGAAGUUCAUGGAUAAGAUCCGAUACGUUCACACCCUGGAGGAACUCAGCCAGAUCAUCCCCAUGGAGCAUGUGCAGAUCCCUGAGUGUGUGCUGCAGUAUGAUGACGAGAAGCUAAGAGCACAAAGGGAAAGACUUGAGCAAGAGCAGCAGCAGACCAACUCGACACUGCCUAAAGAAAGGCCGAAGUCAAUGAUAGCAGAGGUGGGCAGUGACAUCUGACAUUAAGAGCUUUGAAUCAAAAGGCCUAUGGGGAACAUCCAUUCAUUAAAAUGGGAGCCAGCCAAGACCAUCGCUUGUUGCACUGGACUGACUGGAUUACAUGCAAGACAAUCAUUUCUCAAAACAUUAUUUUCAAUAAAAUACUUGCUUCAAACAACUGAAAGUUCAUUUACACCAAAGCUUUACGAGUUACAAGCUAAAUAAAAUUAUAUCUGCUCCCUGCAUGUCGACCUGAGCUCUAACCAUAGCAUGAAUUCAACCAUAUGAAUGAAAUUGUGAGGACUUGGAUGAACUCUCAAGCAUCUCCCGACGGAGCCGGAAAUGUCAGACGUUUGUUCAUACUUGUAAUAUAUUUUUGAGAAAGGUGUUUGCACAGAUAUUUGGUUUUGUUAUGAACGUUAUGGGUAUCGUUUGGUUUCAUGAUCAUUUACUGACAAAUAACGUGCAAUGAUAUUGUUCUUCUUAGACCUACAGUCGAUGUUACUGAUGCAAACGUGUGUUACAGUUUCAGGUUUUCCAGAGUUUGAUAUGCAGGUGGCAUGCUUGUUUAUAUCCUUCUGUCUCUGUUACAUUUGUUUUUGUCAGUUUUUAAGUCAUUUGAAAUGAUGUUUUAAGAAAUACUUUUACAAGAAGAAAGAAAAUCAUACAUUGCUACAAAUGAAAUAUAUUUAAAGAGAGAGUCAAAUUAUUAAAAGUGUUAUUUAUGAAAAUGUGCCAUUUACUGUUUGUAAAAAAAUAAAUGAGUGAACUAAAACAAGCUUUUGUCAUGUCGUGAUUAUACUCCCUGUAUCCAACCUUGACUCCUGCAACACAACAAGCACAGCCUUACCCACGAACAUCACAACUUAUAUUUUCAUCUUUUUUAUUGCCUCUAAAUGUGUUCCAGUUUGGUCCAGAAUGUUUGUGACAUUUCCCGGUGAGUUAUUAAAGGGCAUCGUUUUGAUUUAUGAGAAGACCGUGUUGGCCAAGUUGGUUGAUGUUCUUCAUGUCACCUGACAGUCCUG